UUAGUGAAACAUGUAGCUAACUCUUUCACACCCCCAACAAAAACAUCAAUAGAACAGAGCAUAAUACUAAGAUAAUUUUAUUAAUGCAGAAGUUCAAGAAGAAACAUCCUCUUGUUCUCAGACAUGUUCCUGUUACUCUUUACACCUCUCUUCUCUUCUUCCUCAUCCUCUUCACCGCUGCUUUCAUCUCUUCCCUCUGGUCUACACUUUCUACGACUAACAUCAAACCGACAACAAAAACCGUCGCAAACCAAACGUUAGUAGCAAAUGUUCCAAGCAGAGAAACAACGAAACAGACUUCAACGUUACUGAAUUGUAGCAAAGGAAACCAAACAACAUGUUCGAGAAAUUAUCCGACAACAACAUCGGAAACAGAGAAGAACGACGCAACAUGUCCGGAGUAUUUCCGGUGGAUUCACGAGGAUUUAAAGCCAUGGAAGGAGAAAGGAAUAAGCAGAGAAACAUUAGAGAAUGCAAAGAAAACGGCGCAUUUUAGGUUGGUGGUGAAAAACGGAAGAGGCUAUGUGGAGAAUUACAGAGAAUCGAUACAGACGCGAAGUGUCUUCACGAUUUGGGGGAUUUUGCAGUUGCUGAGGAGGUAUCCUGGGAAAGUUGCCGACAUGGAAAUGAUGUUUGAUUGUAAUGAUAAGCCUGUGGUGCCCGUGGGCUUGUAUGAUGGUCAUGGGCCCAAUGUUACAGGCCCGCCACCGGUUUUUGGUUACUGUAUUGAUCGGUGGACGCGGGACAUUGUUUUUCCUGAUUGGUCUUUCUGGGGUUGGCCAGAGAUUAAUAUAAGACCUUGGGAACAUGUCCUGAAGGAGAUAAAAAAGGGAAAUGAAAAGGUGGAAUGGAAAGACAGAGAACCUUAUGCUUAUUGGAAAGGAAAUCCUUAUACAGCAGCAACACGACUAGAUUUCCUCAAUUGUAAUGUUUCAACUGAUCAUGAUUGGAAUCUUCGUAUAUUCACACAGGAUUGGAUUAAAGAGUCGAAACAAGGAUUCAAUCACUCAAACCUGGCAGACCAAUGUACAUACAGAUACAAAGUUUAUAUCGAAGGAUAUGCAUGGUCUGUGAGUGAGAAAUACAUUCUAGCAUGUGAUUCUCCUACACUGUUUGUGAAGCCUCGUUACCUUGAUUUCUUCACAAGAAGUUUACAACCAUUGCAACAUUAUUGGCCUAUAAAGGAAAAUGACAAAUGCAAAUCCAUUAAACAUGCAGUUGAUUGGGGCAAUAACAACAACCAAAAAGUACAAGAAAUUGGUAAAUCUGGGAGCAAGUUUGUUCAUGAAGACCUCAACAUGGAUUACAUUUAUGACUACAUGUUCCAUUUACUAAAUGAAUACGCGAAACUUCUCAAGUUUGAGCCUAGAGUGCCCGAAGGAGCUGUGGAAUUGUGUCCGGAGACCAUGGCUUGUACACGAUCAUAUUCGGUGGAGAAGGAAUUUAUGAGUGAAUCCAUGGUUAACGAGCCGUCUAAGAAAGAUCCGUGCUCGUUGCCGCCUCCAUUCGAUCCCAUGUCGCUCAGGAUUUUCUACGCAACGAAACAAAAUUUAAUCAACAGAGUUGAGAGAUGGGAAAAUGAGUAUUGGAAAAACUAGCAAUGAGCAAAUACACACUAUACACAUUUGAAUUGAUUAGUUUGUAUGCAAUCUUAAUAAUUUUUUUUUUUAAUAAGCAAUUUGUAUCUAGCGGGUUUCAAACCAUAGACCUUGAGAGGAACACACUCUCAUGAUCCAAACAUUUCACCGCUAAAGCACACACACCCAUAAAAUCUUAAUAAUUAGCAAUGCAAAGAGUAAGCAAUAAGUUUUUUUUGUGGAAAACACUUUCAAGAGUAUGCUAGACAAACUAUUGUGAUGAGGUGAGGUUGGCCCAACUAUGCUCUCACAUUAAUAGGAUCUUAUCUGAUCGAGUAACUUUUUUGUCCAUGCAAAAACAGUGUUGGUUCAUAAAAGUAAAGAAAAUGACUAAUCAUUUGAUUCAUUGUUGUUAUGAAAAUGAGAAGAAAAGGAUAUGAGCAAUUGAAAUGAAACAUUUUUAUAAGAAGGAUG